GCCACACGAGCUCCACCCAGCCCACCCACCCCCGACCCCUCGAUUCCUUCGACACCCACCGAGCGCCCCGCGCCGCCACCCAAACCCUAGCCUCCCAUGGCAACCCUCUCCUUCUCCUCCCCGCCGUCCUUCGCCGGCGACAACAGCGGCGCCCUCACCUCCGCCACCAUCCUCCGAUUCCCGCCCAACUUCGUCCGCCAGCUUAGCACCAAGGCUCGCCGCAACUGCAGUAACAUUGGUGUCGCGCAGAUCGUCGCCGCCGCUUGGUCCGACCGCUCCGCUCGCCCUUCCCACACCGGCGGCGGAUGCCGCGCCCGCGGCGCCACCUCCCACGCCGCGGCCGCCUCCGCCGCCGCCUCAGCGACGGCGGCAGCCGAGGUUGGCGCCAUCCCCAACGCCAAGCUCGCGCAGCCGUCCGCCGCCGCAUUGGCCGAGCGUACCCUGCUCGGUUCCGAUGCCAGCCUCUCCGUCCAUGCAGGCGAGAGGCUAGGGAGAAGGAUCGCCACAGACGCGAUCACCACGCCAGUAGUGAACACCUCCGCCUACUGGUUUAGUAGCUCACAGGAGCUCAUCGACUUCAAGGAGGGGAGGCAUGCUAGCUUUGAGUAUGGGAGGUAUGGGAACCCGACCACUGAGGCGCUGGAGAAGAAGAUGAGUGCACUGGAGAAAGCCGAGUCCACCGUCUUUGUGGCGUCAGGUAUGUAUGCAAGUGUGGCUAUGCUCAGCACACUUGUCCCAGCAGGCGGGCACAUCGUGACCACCACAGAUUUGUACCGCAAGACAAGAAUUUACAUGGAGACUGAGCUCCCUAAGAGGGGAAUUACGAUGACUGUCAUUAAACCUGCUGACAUGAAUGCUCUCCAAGAUGCACUUGAUAAGAACAAUGUAUCUCUAUUCUUCACAGAGACUCCUACUAAUCCAUUUCUCAGAUGCAUUGAUAUUGAGCUUGUCUCCAAUAUGUGCCAUAGCAAGGGAGCAUUGCUUUGCAUUGAUAGUACCUUUGCCUCCCCUAUCAACCAGAAGGCACUGCCUUUAGGCGCCGACAUAGUUGUUCAUUCUGCAACGAAGUACAUCGCCGGGCACAAUGAUGUUAUUGGAGGCUGUAUCAGUGGCCGAGAUGAGCUAGUUUCCAAGGUCCGCAUUUAUCACCAUGUAGUUGGUGGUGUUCUAAAUCCGAAUGCUUCCUACCUGAUCCUUCGGGGGAUGAAAACACUGCAUCUCCGUGUUCAAUGCCAGAAUAAUACUGCCCUGCGGAUGGCCCAAUUUUUAGAGGAACAUCCAAAGAUUGCACGUGUCUACUAUCCUGGCUUGCCAAGUCACCCAGAACAUCACAUUGCCAAGAGCCAAAUGACUGGCUUUGGUGGUGUUGUCAGUUUUGAGGUUAAUGGAGACUUCGAUUCUACUAGGAAAUUCAUUGAUUCUGUUAAGAUACCCUACCACGCCCCUUCAUUUGGGGGUUGUGAGAGCAUAAUUGAUCAGCCUGCCAUCAUGUCCUACUGGGAUUCGAAGGAGCAGAGAGACAUCUACGGGAUCAAGGACAACCUGAUCAGGUUCAGCGUUGGAGUGGAGGAUUUUGAGGACCUGAAGAAUGACAUUGUUCAGGCCCUUGACAAGAUCUAAGUGACAGACACACCCUCCCGUAUGGAAACCAUCUGGUCAUGUUUGUUUUGGGAUCACGUGGAGAACUUUGAUAUUCAAGCUGAUGACUGCGAAUAAAUGUUUUACGUUUGUUUCUCAGCCUCUUCUGUUUGUCUCAAUAAAGUUGGAACCCCUUGUUUUUAAAAUCCCUUUUACUAGUCUACGGUUCUCAUGUAUUUGUCUUCUUGUUACAUGUCAACUCACAAUUGACUUAGGAGUAACAACUCCAUUUCCUCAA